AUGGGAGCGAGUGAUGCCUACAAUUCCCACCGUCCCAAGGACAAACUCCGCCUGGACAGCAACAACAACGAGAACUCGGUCCCUAAAGACUUUGACACCAUCGACAGCAACAGCAACAGCAACCUGGGAGCCCGACGGCAGCGGUUUCCACUCGUUAACUCCAAGCGUAAGCUGGACAAGGCCCAAGCACAGAGCAUGCUGGGAAAACCUGCAAACGAGGUCCUCAAGUUCCCUCCGGUGCAACCCAGAGGGGUGGGGCCCCAUAACAAUCGCACCCACGUCCAUAAACCCCACCCCCAGGUUCCAACGGUCCCAAUACCGGUGCAGGGGUCCGAUCAGUUUCACACGGCAAAGAGGUCCUCUACGCUGCCACCGCCCGGCGUGGUGGUGAAGAAGGAGCAGCCGCAGUGCGAGAUCAGCGGGAAGGAAGCCAUUUCUGCCCUGUCCCGGGCCAAGAGCCGCGAGUGUCGGCAGCAGAUAGUGGAGAUCUACUGCAAACACAAAAACAAAGCCCUGAUGCCGGAGAGAGUGCCUCGCUACUGCCCAAUAGAAGGUAAGGCCAAUGUGAACGUACAGUGGGACGAGGACCCCUCGGGGUCCGCUCAGCUGGUCCCGGCCCGGAUGGCCUUCGUCCUGGUGGUCCACGGCCGGUCCUCACGUCAGUUCCAGCGUCUCUUCAAAGCCAUCUACCACACCUCGCACUACUACUACAUCCAUGUGGACCAGAGGUCCAACUAUCUCUACAAAGAGGUCCUGUCUCUGGCCGGACAGUAUCCUAACGUCCGGGUGACUCCCUGGCGGAUGUCCACCAUCUGGGGCGGGGCCAGCCUGCUGACUAUGUACCUGCGCAGCAUGGAGGACCUUCUCAAAAUGUCCGACUGGUCCUGGGACUUCUUCAUCAACCUCAGCGCCGCAGACUACCCCAUCAGGACCAACGAGCUGCUGGUGGCGUUCCUGUCCAAGUACCGCAACAUGAACUUCAUCAAAUCUCACGGCAGAGACAACGCACGAUUCAUUCGUAAGCAGGGUCUGGACCGUCUGUUCCUCGAGUGUGACACGCACAUGUGGCGUCUCGGGGACCGUAAGAUCCCAGAGGGCAUUGCGGUGGACGGAGGCUCUGAUUGGUUCCUGCUGAACCGGCCCUUCGUGGACUACGUGGUGAACUCCAGAGACGAGCUGGUCAGCAGCAUGAAGAGCUUCUACGCCUACACACUGCUGCCUGCUGAGUCAUUUUUCCACACGGUUCUGGAGAACAGCGCCCACUGUGAGACGAUGGUGGACAACAACCUGAGGCUCACCAACUGGAACCGCAAGCUGGGAUGUAAAUGUCAGUACAAACACAUCGUGGACUGGUGCGGCUGCUCGCCCAACGACUUCAAGACCUCCGACCUGCCGCGCUUCCAGCAAGCGUCGAGACCCACCUUCUUCGCCAGGAAGUUUGAGGCCAGCGUGAGCCAGGAGAUCAUCAACCAGCUGGACUCCUACCUAUUUGGAUCUCACCCCUCGGGGACCCCGGGGCUCCAGGCCUACUGGGAAAACAUCUAUGAGCAUGAGACGGACGGCCCCGCCAGCCUAUCAGACUCCACGCUCAGCCACUAUCACGCCUUCGCUCGUAUGGGACUGUCCCGCGCCGCCAGCUCACUGCAGGGACACCCCAAUGACAACAGCUGCAGGUUCAUGUCCACGAGCCACCCUGUAUCCGUCCACCUCUACUUCCUGUCAGACAAGUUCCAGGGCUACCUGCUGCGCCACGUGGCCACCAACCGAGCCUCCGCCCAGCUGGAGAGCCUGGAGACCUGGGUGACCUCCAAAGACCACUACACCCCCGCCAGCCCCCCCCAACCCAACAACAGGCUGCAGCACGUCCAGGUGGGGGCGGACUGGGACCCUAAGGAGCGUAUCUUCAGGAACUGGGGGGGUCUGCUGGGCCCCAGGGACGAGCCGGUUGCCGUGCAGCGCUGGAGCCGCAGCCAGAGCAACCUGACGGCCACCGUGGUGUGGAUCGACCCCACCAACGUCAUCGCCGCCACCUACGACAUCCUGGUGGACGCGUCCGCCGAGGUCACGCACUACCGGCCGCCCCUCAGCCCCCCGCUGAGGCCCGGCCUGUGGACCCUCAGGGUGCUGCACCACUGGAACCUGCUGGGCCAGACCAGCUUCAUCAUGGCCCCGCUCGAGUUCCACCGGCAGCAGCCCAUACAACAAGCUAGAGGUGUGCUUCCGUACGUCUGCUACCUGAUCCUCCCGUCCUCUCUGGGGGGGCUGAGCUCAGACUUUGGGUCGGGGCUGGCGGAGCUCCAGGGGGUGAGCUUGCAGCGCUGCAUGAUGGGACACACGCUGGGUCCCAUGGAGCAGACGUCCGCGGCCGACCAGUGGCCCUCCAGCAGGCGGUCCAGCCAGAGACGCAGCGGCACCCCCGUCAGGCCGGCGUUGGCCUCCGCCUCCUCCACUGCCCCCAGACUCACCGGCAGCCGCAGCACGGGGUUCAGGCCGUGGAAGCUCUGCUCCAUGUAG